AUGCUUGAGUUACGGUCCAUGAAAAACCACCUAGCCAGUCUGCCGGUUCUCAUGCAAGACGUCAAAUCAAUCGAGAGUGAGAUUGAGGAACUCAAGAAGUCAUGUGAGUUCAACAGUUCCAUUUUGGAUGACCAUAAUGCGAGGCUGCAGUCUGUGGAGAAUGAGUUGCCGAAAAUAGCUGCAUUGCAAGAAAAUAUUCAUACUUUGAAUAAUGAAGUCACUGUACUAAGAAGUGAGCUUAAUGGUAGGGAUCAAUGGCAGCGUCUGAAUAAUAUUGAGAUCAAGGGAGUCCCGCUGAAGAAAAACGAAAACUUGUUCACCGUCGUAGACCACAUAUCAAAAGCCGUCGACUACCCGAUCCAGAAAUCAAGCAUCAAUUAUAUUUCUAGAGCCCCGAUGCAGAAUUCCAAAGAUAAGCUCAUCAUAGUUAGCUUCACUAAUCGCUAUGUUAAAGAAGACUUUAUUGCAUCUGCCCGUUCUAAGAAGAAGCUUUCGGCGAGUGACAUCGGAUUCAGUGACAGUACUCAGUCGAUCUUUUUGAAUGACCAUCUGACCCCGGAGUAUAAACGUUUGUUGACUUCUGUUAAGACUACGCUGAAAGCCAAAGGAUACCAGUACAUCUGGGUGAAGUAUGGUAAAAUUCACGUGCGUAAGAAUGAUACCUCGAAAAUUCUUAUAGUCAAUGGUCAUACGGAUUUAAACAAGUUGCAAUAG